GCCGAACGCCGCGCAGUAAGCACGCGCGCCCGACGCUCGUGACAUAUACCGAAACUUUCACUAGUAUGCCAUGUUCGGACUUUGAGGUGUUUUACGAAAAAGAUGAAGGCGUGGACCGCGACAGAGCAGGACACCUCGUUGCCCUGCUGCCGCACGCUGCACAUCAAGCAUGCGGCGUAUGCAAGCGCACUCUACACAUUGAAUAUAUCAAUAUUAGUGGUGCUGUUAUAUAGUUGGAGGAUUGGAGUUAAUGCCAAGCGUUAUAAGGAGUUGGACGAUGUUUAUUAUGGUGUACAGAUAGCUUAUUUUGCAAUUAUAGGAACCCAAAUGUUCAUGAUUAUGCUCAGCAUAAUCUUGUUCUACGGGAUUUAUAAAGAAAACGUGGCGUUCCUGGUCCCGUGGGUUGUAGGCUGCAUGACCUUCAUGGCUUUAGAAGCCAUGGCCAUGGUCUACUCCAACAUCCUCAGAGAUCAUGUUAACAGACAAUUCGACGCUAUGUGUAAAGCGGAGAUAUCAUUUUUAAUACCAAGAAUACUUCUAAACUGCCUGUGCAUUUGGUGCGUGCUACGGCUGUACCACCUCCUCCGAGCCGGCGUGACCUGGAAGGGAGCCGCGGCCAUCGAACUGUGACUAUUGGACGACAACCCCCCGGGACCCCGCGAGUCGACAUUACUGCUUGGGGGGGCUGAGAGCGACACUGACGCUAGUCUUCACUCGCUCUGACUAAUCUAUCUCUUUCUAACAUAUGCUGUCUGAGAUCUGACAGAGAGAGAACCCAAAAAUUUGGAUAGCAAAAAAAAGGAUGACUGUAAAUUAUACUGGCGCUUAGUUCAGUAAAAAAAAAAUACUGCCGCAUAUUGUUGAUAUAUUUUAUUAACAAACGUUUGCGUUUGUGUAUCAAAACUAAAGGAGAAUAUGUUGAAAAGAUUUCUUUUCGAUUUAGUUAAAAUGAUCAUAGUUUUAUUUUUUCAUGACAUUUUCUAAGUAAGAAAAAUAUAUAUAUGGUAAAAUUGUCAAUGUAUUUUUGGGUCAUCCUGUAGGUAUUAUUUUGUAAGUAUAUUUAAUAAGUCUGUGACUGACUUUCAAUUCGAAUAUCAAAGUUUGAUAUCGAAAAUGUGACAAAAAAUCUACAAUAUAACGAGCUAUCACUAAAAGACCUUCAAAAUAAGCUCAAUGAUAAGCCCCGUGCAUGGACUAUAGGGGGCAGCAGGAGCCGUCAGAUUUUUGGCGCGAGGCGUAAAUGUGUCGUUUAUGCUUCCAUGUAGCCCACAAGAUGGCAGAACCUAGGAAACGUACCGACGAUGAACGGUAGAUGGUAGCACUUGCUAUGGCAAUUUACAUGUGCACAAUUAUGUUUCCGAUUCAGGCCACAAGAUCCUCCAACGCGCACGGUACCUUAUGCGACGCCGAAAGGCUUUUGUUGAUACUUGCAUGAUCAAAAUUAGACAGUGCACAAAUUUUUGGUUGAGUAAGUAUACUUAAAUUAUAUAGAGUUACUGCUUUUGUCUAAUUUGAUAACGAAACAAUAUUGCCGUGGCAUUAGGUCAAAUCGGCCCGAUGCGAAUACGAAUGCUUAAUUGCCGCAGCAAAAGCGUGAAAAUUGAAAAUUUGUGCCCUGUCUGAAAUGCCACACUGUAUAAUAUAACUGUAAAUACUGUUUGUCUGUAAAUGUUCCAAGCUGUAAAUAAGUUCCUUGUAAUAGAUAUAUUCGUAUAAAAGAUAAAGUUAGAAAGAGUGACAUUCAGAUUGUAAAAUUUGUACAAGUUUUGAUAUUGUUACGACUCCCGUGCACUAAAUAGUUCGAGAGAAACACCAAAUGUGACACACACAAUCAAAACAGAAACAAUCCAAUAUCAAAACUUUUACAGAUUUUGAAAUCAGAAUACCGCUCAAGCUUGCCGCUUGUAUAUACAGAGGCAUUUGUGAAAUUGUUAAUGCCUUGAUUUUAUAAUAAACGAUGUUAUUAUAUUAAACUAUAGACAGUAAAGUGUUAGAGCGUUUUUACAAUGUCCGAUACGAUAUCGGAUGUAGGAUCCUACAUCCGCGUAGACAGGCCGCGGGGCGGCGCCCGGGCGCCUCACACAAACAAAUAUUACCGGUCCGACAGCUGACGAAGGGGCUCCGACAAGGCUGAAUAUCGGAUGUCGGAAGGCGCCUAUGACAAAAACAGCUGCAGGAGAGUGCCAUUGGCAUUAAGUCCGCCUUUUUGGCGUUACUUAUAAUUUUUUAGUGAUAAUGUUUUAAGCAAUACUGUAAGCGUCCUGAAUAAAUUUAUUCUUUUUCAUUUUCUUCAAAUGCAUAAAUAAAUACAGAGAAACACUUAUCUUACAUUUUACUUGCUUCCGACAUCCGAUAUCGGAUCGGACAAUGUAAAAACGCUCUUAAUGUGACGUUCGGAUUUCAACUGCAGCAGUGUUACUGUUGCAGCGUCGUUAUUGCUCCGCUGUUUCUGUCAAUUUCCUUUAUAAAAUGAGGUUCGCCGCCGCAUUACUGCCGCAUAAUCGGGGCCCGAUUCGAAUUUUGAAAUAGACAUCUAUUAGAUAUCUUUUAGACAUCACCAAACUUGGUGAUCGUAACUACGAUAACGAUAUGUUUAAGAUCUAACCUGUCAAAUUUGACAUUUGCGCGAUUCUGGAGAUACUCUUGAACGAUUUCCACAGGAUAUGACAUAGAGAUCAAAUUCACAUCUAAUAGAUAUCUUACUCUAUCUAACGUAAAAGUGACAUUGGUUGCCCGAAUUGCGCUGCAAAAGAGAACUAGUUGAUAUCUAAACUAUGACGUAUCUAGAAUGGAUCUAGUAUGUGUCGUCUCUUGUGAAUAUCUUGAAGUUCGAAUACGGCAGUAUAUCAUUCAUUCCACCACUCAUUUUAUCAAGGUAAUUCACAGAUACAGCAGCGGCAACAACGACGCCGCAACUGUAAUGCGGCUGCAGUUGUUAUCUGAACGUGACCUUUAACCAACCUCAUCAAGGCGAGAUGUGCUCAAAGCGAUUUGAACGGCUCGAUUCGGGAAAUGAAUUAGAGGUUCACUAGAUAUGAAAUAGUAAAGAUAUGUGACGUUCGACGGCAAAAGGUACCUUAUGACGGCUGGCGCCGCGAUUCGGGAAAUUAAUUAGAGAUUCAUUAGAUACAAAUUGUAAAGAUAUGUGACGUUCCACGGCAAAAGGUACCUUAUGGCGGCUGGCGCUUACGUCGCUGCGCUGCAAUAAUAUUGGAGCGGCGUUAAUAAUAGCAUAAGCGCCAACCGCCAUAAGGUACCUUUUCCCGUGGGACGUCACAUAUCUUCACUAUAUCGUAUCUAGUUAAGCUCUAAUUCAAUUCCCGAAUCGCGCCGGAAGUAUUUUCUAAUACGUUACCUGUUCUUUCGAUAGAAAAUCACCUAAAUAAUACCACUAAUUGGUCUGUACCCCUGGUGUAAAUUUCAUUCGAUAGAGUGACGUGACGUGUCAUUUUGUAUGGGAUUUUGAGUUUCCAAAACGUCCCGCUUGGCGCGCUGUUCAAAAUCCCAUAUAAUAAUAGAUAUAACGCAAACGCGAACGCUCGUCACGCUAUCGAAUUAAAUUUACACUAUUAGGGAUGGGCAUAUCUCGCCUUACAAAACAAUAUAUGGUCGCUAUCAGAUAUAUCGGAGCGGUCAAGGUGACCAAAAAUAUCUGAACACGCACUCGAACGAACUGACAAUAGCGGCGUGUUCAGAUAUUUGUGAGCCCCUUGGCCGCUCCGAUAUAUCUGAUGGCGACUGUAUUGGAUCCUAUAUUGUUUUCUAAAGUGCCGUUACUUUGUUUAAAUUAAAAGAGUAGACAUUUCAUGUAACAUAUAACAAGUACCGAGAAAUGUAAUAAAUAAAUGUCUAUUAAAAAUUA